GCGGCUGCGUGCUGCUGCUGGCGAUGGUUCUGCAGACAGUCGGCGCGCUUGCCGCCCGCCACGCCGCCACCGCCCAGGAAGAGGCCAAGACCAGCAUGCUGGCGCAGGACGAUGAGGUGGAGUUUCACGGCUUGUGCCGUUGGACCACCUGGGGAUUCAUGGUGCCAGGAAAGCGGCGCGUGGUGAGCGUGGUGCUGCACCCGGUGGCAGCCGGCCUAGUGGCGGCGGCCGCGACGUUCGCCCUCGCUCCCGCCAACUUCGACAACAUCGUCAGCCGAGGCUCGGCGAUGGUGGCCGUGUUCCCCGUGCUGGGCUGGUUCAGUGUCUGCGCGGCGCUGUACUCGCUGACGGUGGCCCGGCCGCCGGAGCCGGCCACGCUGCAGGCGCUGGACGAGUGGGACCUGGCCGCAUUCAACAGGCCCCUCCACGUCCUGCUACUCACCGUGCCGCUGCUGGUGAUCAAGCUCGGGCGCCUGUCUCCGGCUCCUGAUUGGCUGCUAACAUGUGACGUCGUCUGCCGGCUGACCAUCUGCGCGCUGCCGCUGCUUUGGCUGGGCGGAGUCCUGCCGCCCUGGGACGUCGCCAUUGAGCUGCAGCGCGUCUACUGCUGGAGUCUGGUGCGGAACUGCGCGUACCGGCCGGCCUGCCAGGGCGGCCGGCUGCGCUGGCUGCGGCAGGCUGCCCUCAGGUUCCACACGCUGGUGAGCCCGCUGCUGCUGGUCAUGUACGUGACGUGGGCGACGGAGACGGACCCCCGGCCGCCGGCCGGCUCCCUCGAGGACGGCCUGCUCGCCGUCUGCCUGCUGCGCUGCUACCGCUGGAUCUGGCAAAACCCCGAGGCGGCGCUACCGGAGGCCUGCGCCGUGUUUUUGCUGCGCCUGGUGUGGCCCGCGGCGGCUGCGUGGCGGCCAGAGCUGGAACUAACUGUCGUCAGCUGGCUCCACAACCGGCUGACGCAGCUCUGGUUCAAGCUGUACAUGUGCCUCGUGCUGCAGGCCACGUGGCUGGUGGUGAAGGAGAGGCGUCGCGGCUACAUCCUGCUCGGUACAUGUUGGGCUCUCGACCGUCGAAAUGGGGUCCUGAAGGCGCUUUCCCCUGUCUCAGAGCUGGUGAAGUGUUAG